AUUGCGCCCGACCCUCCCAGUUCCCUUCCAUUUUUCUUCUCUCCUCCUUCUCUCUCCCCUCAGCACUCCACUUGUCACCUCAUCUCCAUCAUCAUGCUUGCCUCUUCACGGACUGCCGUCAGGCACGUUGCCAGACCCCAGAUCACUGCUGUCAGAGCUGCCUCCGCAUGGGCCAAGGUCGCUCAGGGCCCUCCCGACGCCAUCCUCGGCAUCACUGAGGCCUUCAAGGCUGACAGCCACCCCGAGAAGAUCAACCUUGGUGUCGGUGCCUACCGUGAUGACCAAGGCAAGCCCUACGUGCUCCCCUCCGUGAGGGCGGCGGAGAAGAAGGUCGUCGAGUCCAACCUGGACAAGGAGUACGCCGGCAUCACCGGUGUCCCUGCCUUCACCAAGGCGGCUACCCUCCUCGCCUACGGCUCCGACUCUGCUGCCAUCAAGGAGGACCGCAUUGCCAUCACCCAGUCCAUCUCCGGUACCGGUGCUCUCCGCAUCGGCGGAGCCUUCCUCCAGCGCCACUACCCUCACGCGAAGACCAUCUACAUCCCCACGCCCUCGUGGGCGAACCACAGGGCCGUCUUCCAGGACUCCGGCCUGAAGGUCGAGACCUACAGGUACUACAACAAGGACACAAUCGGUCUCGACUUUGAGGGUAUGGUCGAGGACAUUAAGAACCUGCCCAAGAACAGCAUCGUCCUGCUGCACGCUUGCGCGCACAACCCCACCGGUGUUGACCCUACCCCGGAGCAGUGGCACGCCAUCUCCGACGCCGUCAAGGCCGGCGACCACUACCCCUUCUUCGACAUGGCGUACCAGGGCUUCGCCUCGGGCGACACCAACAAGGACGCCUACGCCCUGCGCUACUUCAUCAAGGAGGGCCACAAGCCGUGCCUUGCCCAGUCCUUCGCCAAGAACAUGGGUCUGUACGGCGAGCGUGUGGGGUCCUUCUCCAUUGUGUGCGAGUCGGCCGAGGAGAAGAAGCGCGUAGACUCACAAGUCAAGAUUCUCGUCCGCCCGCUCUACUCGAACCCGCCGGUGCACGGCGCGCGCAUCGCGUCGACGCUGCUGAACGACGCGGCGCUGAACAAGCAGUGGCUGGGCGAGGUCAAGGGCAUGGCGGACCGCAUCAUCAAGAUGCGCGCGCUGCUGAAGAAGCACCUGGAGGAGCUGGGCUCCAAGCACGACUGGAGCCACAUCACGAACCAGAUUGGCAUGUUUGCGUACACGGGCCUCAAGCCUGAGCAAAUGGACAAGCUGGCCAAGGAGCACUCGGUCUACGCUACCAAGGACGGCCGUAUUUCCGUUGCCGGUAUCACCUCGGGCAAUGUCAAGAGGCUGGCUGAGAGCAUCUACAAGGUUACUGGUUAGAUGGGAGAGGCGGG